CUGUCGAGUACAAAGUGCCGCGACUUCGCGACAACAAACACCAAGGCCGUCCCCAAACCACUCCCUCGAGAUACCCAGCGGCCGCCACUCUUUCGAACCGCCAAAAUGUCGCGCCAUCACCCCGAUCUCGUCAUGUGCCGCAAGCAGGCCGGCAUCGCCAUCGGCCGCCUCUGCGACAAGUGCGACGGCAAGUGCCCCGUCUGCGACUCGUACGUCCGGCCCACGACCCUCGUCCGCAUCUGCGACGAGUGCUCCUUCGGCAACUACCAGAACAAGUGCGUCGUCUGCGGCGGCGAGGGCAUCUCGGACGCCUUCUACUGCUUCGAGUGCACGCGCCUCGAGAAGGACCGCGACGGGUGCCCCAAGAUCAUCAACCUCGGCAGCUCGCGAACCGACCUGUUCUACCAGAAGAAAACGAAUCGCACGGCGACGUACUAG